AGCGCCCGUCGCCGGCCGCCACCGCCGCCCCCUUCUUCCACCUCAUAGCGUCCCCUCCUGCUCUAAACCUCUCCUCAGUACUCUACCACCGCCGCCGCGCCGUACCUUAAUUAGCGCCACCGCUGUCGCCUGAAUCCCGCCGCCAGACACCUCCGCCUCUCACGCACCAUCGCCCUCCUUCCUCGUCGCCUUCUUAUUCGAGAUCCGCGCCUAUGGGGAUUGAGGGCAUGCCCGGAUGAUGCCUGCUGCUGUCCAGUUGCGGAUUGUGAAUCUGUAGGAGAAGAAGAUGGAGUUCAUCAGUCUUGGUCCCAACGAUGAAGAGGAGGGCAACCGUCAGACCGAAACCCUGGCUGCGACUGCAGUGGCAUCCGAACCGCCUAGCAGCACCACCAAAGCUUCUGCUAAUGACAUCAUAGAUCUUGAAGAGGGGCAGUUCCCAUCCGAGCCUGACGCCAAGGACGGCCAGACCAAAGCCGUGGAUGCAAAUGGGCUGGAGCCUCUGGCGUCGGAGCAUCAACCGCAAGACAGGCCUAGUACUGUGGAUAGUGCCAAGGCUUCCGUUGAGAUCGCAGAUCUUGAAGAAGAAGAAGGACAGGUCGCGUGCAAAGCCGGCGCCGAAGAUACACAGGGGAGUGGUGACCUUCAGGCUGAACCCUUGAUUGUAAACGGACUGGAUGCUACAAGGGCUUCCGAUGAGAUCAUAGACCUUGAAGAAGGGCAAGUCGAAGAUAUGGACCUCUCAGAUGACGGCGAGGUCAUUGUGAAGGGUCAGACGUCUGAUGCCCCUGUUCAGGCCCAGGCCAGCGUGCCAGCUUUACUACAGAGUUUACAUGGUGUUGUCUCAGUUGGACUCGACAAGGGUAAUGGGCCUGGAAUUGUUGCCCAGGUUCAUGCUUCGAGCAGCGCCUUUAUCGAUGAAAGCUCCACAAGAGGAGUUAAAAGAGCCCGAGUGGAAUCAGCCGAGCCUUCAGUCCGUGUAAUCUACAACAACUUGACAAGGGAAAGCAAAAGGAGGCUCAUGGAACUGAUGCAACAAUGGUCUGAGUGGCAAGCUAGAAAGCAACACACUUUGACGGAUUCUGUGGAAGAGGUCCUGGAGUGUGGUGAAGAGACUUAUUAUCCAGCAUUACAUGUUGGUUCAGAGAGAUCUGCUGUGUCAUUUUGGGUGGAUAGCCAAGCACGAGGAAAUGUUGCUGUGGAUGAUGGUGCGGUGCCACUGUACAACCGAGAGUUUACGUUGGGUUCGACUCCUCUUGGUGAUCCAUCAAACACUGAAAGCAAACAAGAUAAGGAUGAUUCUCGCUGUUUCAACUGUGGUUCGUAUAGUCAUGCCCUGAAGGAUUGCCCAAAGCCUCGUGAUCAUGUUGCAAUUAGCAAUGCCCGCAAGCAGCACAACUCGAAAAGGAACCUAUCCAAUGUUAGUCGUGGGCAAAAUCGGUACUACCAGAAAACUCCAGGCAAAUUUGAUGAUCUGAAAGCAGGAGUCCUGGGAUCUGAGACUAGAGAAUGCUUAGGGCUCAGGGAAAAUGAUCCGCCUCCUUGGCUGCACAGAAUGCGGGAAUUAGGUUAUCCUCCAGGUUACCUAGAUGAGGUGGAAGACGAAGAUAAACCUUCUGGCAUCACCAUAUUUGGGGACGGGGAGGCGAAAGCAGAGCAUGAGGAGGGAGAGCUCCCAGAGCAAGGCGAGCCAUCUCCACCUCUCAAGAAGAUGACGGUCGAGUUCCCCGGGAUAAACGCACCGGUUCCAGAGAACGGCGACCCUUGGCUGUGGGGCAGCACCCCGCCCCAAUCCUCCUCGGGCCGUCACCACCAUCCAUCAUCGGAUUCGAGGGACAGAGGCCCUCCUGGCGCAGAGCACUACUCUUCAUCGAGGUACCAUCCCUAUGACCACGGACCAGCUACCCCAGGUCUCGUGCGGUCUCACUCGGACAGAGGACGGAGAAGCUCCUCCGGUUACUACGACAACCCACCGCCACCGCCUGGUGAGGAGGGUGCCUGGACCCCUCAUGCGUACUCGAGCAGGCAGCACAGCUCAGGAUCGGAGAUGUCGCGUCACUCAAGAGAGAGGGAAAGGGAACGAGAGAGGGACUGGCAUGACAGGCACUACUACAGCAGCGGUCGGAGGUGAAUGACAUUGAACAUCUGUAGGCCAGCUGACUUUCGUUUACCAAUGAAGAACCUGUUAUCUGCAAUGUGGUUGCUGACAUACCUACGGUAGCUGUUGUGUAGAAAACAGCCUCAGAUCAUAGAAAUCUUUUGAAAUGUUGAAUCUUUUAUGUGGUCGUGAUGCAGAUUGUGAAAUUUUGUUCAAUUGUAGGAGAAUUUAAAGGAGAUUUAUGGCUACGUCUGAUUGAAUUUGUUUUUC